UCCAUUACAAAUAAACCCCACAAUUUUAUCAAAACCAUUUUAAAUGUCUCAAAAUAAGACAUGGUGACAAAACUUGUGCAAAAGAGUAUAUUAUUGAAUAACGAUACAUGAAGCCUGAAACAUGUUCAAACAAUUUCUAAACAAAAUGUCAGGUGUCAUGUAAUUUAAGAUAUAAAGCAGCAUCAUUCCAAUUAGGACCACUGAUCUAUCGAGUAAAGGUUCCAUAAUCAGCAUUUUCCUUUGCUAGGCUGGAAAACAUUGGAGAAAUAAUAUCACAAGUCAAAAUGGCACAUCCUAAAAUAUUUCAUCAAAGUAAUUUCUCAAAAAAUACUCUUGUUUUUAUUUAGUAAAUCUGUGUCAUCCCAGAAGUGGUGCAUCUGUGUUGAAAAAAUCUGACAAUUUAAUUGCAAUUAAAUUUAUUUUAUGGUUGCACCUUCGAAAUCAUCAGAAAUGUUGGGGUGGAAAAAUGAUCUGUUUGAAAUACCUCCGGGAGGUGGCAGUAUACUGUGGGGUAGUCGGAUGUAGCGCUGCUGAAAGGCGCGCUCUGCAGAAGAAAACGUUUCCUCUCCCCCUCCUCUUGUUUAGAAUGAGGGAAGAGAAAACAGCUACCUGCCUGUGCUAACACCGGUGAGAGAGGCAAGAAGUAGAUGUCCAACGGAACGACAUUAGACUAACUGUAACAUCGUCCUGUUCACGCUAUGUCACGGUUCUGAUUCAUUCUCACUUUUACGUGAAGCAAAGGUGUUCUAGAGGGCUCAACAUCAGCAGUGAUCACACCUCCAAGCCCAGCCUGGUUAUGAAGAGCGUAAACAAGAUGCAGCAGAUCUUCCUGAUGGAUGGUGUCACUGAAGACUUUAUGGAUAGGGGACAUGUUUGCUUCAACUGUGAGCAGAUAUUCGCUAAUCGAAAAUGCCUGGAGGACCAUGUGUGUCCCAAAACAAGUUUCAUUUGCUCUUGUGGAACAGAGUUUACUCUGUACAAUGACAUGCUGGAGCACAGCGACACACAUGAGCCAGGGCAUCAAGCGCUUGAUCAUAGAGUCAUAAAGAAGCGCAGGUUUGAGAAGUACAAAGAGGAGGAGGCGAAACUCAAAAGGCUGCAGAAAGGCGAUGUUAUUUGGAGUGCACCAUCUGUUUCAGGACGCAACACUUCAGCUAAUACUUCACAAAAUUCUGUGAGGACUCUGAAUGUUAAACAAGUACCUGAGAUGAACCCCAGUCUGUCUGAAGCAUCUCUUUCAAAUACUCUCCCCUCUGCAAAAGACACACAGAAAACUAUUUCAAGUGCUGGUGCACCGACUGUGGAUCUCUGGACACUUUAUCAGCCAGUUGUGCUUUUGAAACCAAUUCGCAAGUUUCCAAAGCCAUACACGUGUGGCAAAUGUGGACAGGGUUUUAUGUCGAAGGUCUCUCUCACUUCCCACAGCAACUCGCACGUCGCAGAUAAAGUUUGUGGAUGUAUAGGUUGUGGCCUCUUGCUCUCUAGUAGAAAGUUUGUGCCUCGCUUCCAUACUUGUACCUCCCCAACAAGUAACAGCAAAUUCAGGCUCAUCACGGCUAAACCACCACAUUUUAAGUCACCAAAUGUAAGAAAAAAUCUCUUUGCUCAGCAACGUUUGGCUACUUCUGCUGGGCAGCUUAAAAAUCACAGUCCUACUACACCUGGUAAAGGUGUUCAAGUGUCUCGUACCACCUCACCGAAGAAAAACAUUAAUAUAAAAACAUACAAAGGUAACAUUACUCAAGGGGCUCCAGUCCGUACACUUUUGCCGGCAAAGCGCCAGAAUCCCACUGCGAUCAAGGCUGUUGCUGGUGCCUCCAAGAGUUCAAACUCCAAUGAACUCAACCAAAACGGUCAGAAACAUUCUGUCUCUUCAAAUGCAGACCUCCCAGGCCCUGCAAACCAAGCUCCACUGGAUGCCGAUGCUGAGUUCAAGUGUCGGGUCUGUCAUCUGCCUUUCAAAACCCCUCUGAUACUUCAAAGGCACAAAUGUAUCAAAGCACAGGAGUUUAUGGCAAAGCAUUUGAUGGCUGGCAAAUCGCAGCAGAGAAUCACUAGGCCAGCAGUGAGACCCAUUUCUGUCCAGGUAAACGGCAACAAGAAGCCAGAAUGUUCACCCUCUGUUAGCGCAAAGAAGAACCCAAUUGCACCCGUCAAUCUGGACAAAGGAAAGUCUGACGUUCCUGUAAAUGGGAACACAGUGGUGGAUGAUGAUGAUGAUGAUGACUGUUACAUUGUUGAGGGUGGGUCAGAAAAACCUGCUGAGGUGAUUUACCAAGUGACCUCAUCUGUACCCAUCAAGAGUUGAUGGGUCAUCUGCGGGUGCUUUGGCUUAAAAAACAAGGCAACUAAAGUGUUGAAUGGCUCACUGCUUUUAAAGUCCGAGAGUAGUACUGCUAAUGCGUUUUUGUUCAGAUUAGUAUGACGGUAAAGUAAUGAUUCCACAAGAGUGUAAUGUUGCCCCUAGAAUGGAACUGUGUUAUUCACUGAAACUCGUGCAUAGCUUUUCUGUGUUUGAUGAGAUAACCAGUUACUGUAUAAUAGUCUUUGUUUCUGUGUUUUCAUUCUGUUUUAGUAGGACGGGAAUGUGUUGUGAACCUGUGGGACUCCGCCCUAAUUCCUUGUGUGUUCACGCCAGAUUGUUGAAGUUUAUUGAUACACCAUAUAAGGCAUUAAAGUAUAUUUUCAAACUUG